CCCCUCAAAUAAUGAAGAAACAAAUGUGUGGAGAGCCAUUGGAUUUUGCAGACUUACCAUUUCUACAAAAAAAAAAAGAAAGAAAGAAAGAAAGAAAGAAGCCAUUGGAGAAUCCCAAUGCUACCUCUACCCCCCCACCCCUCAAGCCCAUAGUCAUCACAUAGUACUACUACUUCAUUGAUUCAACUCUAAUUCAGAAUUCAUUCUUCUCCCCCUACCCACCCACUCCCACCCCACCCCCUAUGUGUGUCAAACCCAAGAAUCAAGCUAAAAAUCUUGGUUAGCAUCACUAAAACACUAACCCAAAAAGAACAAAAAAUAAAAGAGAAUAGUAACACCCCUUGUUUUUCAUCUAGCUCAACUCUUCUGGAUCUGAAAGGAAAUAUAGUUUAUUAAUUACUACACAAGGGGCAAAAAUUAUUACUAUUAUUUUUGUGUGUAUGUGUAUAUAUAAAUAAAUUAUUCAUUCAGAUUUCAGAGAAAAACUUUCUCAUAAAUCUAACUCACCCCAAAAACCCCUCACAUGAGUGGUAGUGAGAUGUCUGAAGAUGAGGAGCGCCCUUGUCCUUCAGAUCUCACCGGCGGCGCCACCGCAAAAGCAAGAAACUGUUGCUUCAACGCCGCCGUCUCUGGCGGCGUUAGCGGCGGCGUAUCCGGCGGAGUUGGUGGCUUUCACUUCUCACCACACCCAGAUCAAGUGCUUGAAAAUGUGCUAGAAAACGUUCUUUGUUUCCUAACGGAUCGACGUGACCGUAACGCUGCAUCGCUUGUGAGCAAAUCUUGGCAUCGGGCCGAAGCCCUAACCAGAUCCGAAGUGUUUAUUGGCAAUUGUUAUGCAGUCUCUCCGGGCCGUGUCACGGCCCGUUUCGAAAGGGUGACUUCUGUUGCUAUUAAGGGGAAACCGAGGUUUGCUGAUUUCAGUUUGCUUCCACCUGAUUGGGGUGCACACUUUACUCCUUGGGCUUCUGUUAUGGGUGAUUCGUAUCGCGGGCUUGAGAAAUUGUACCUCAAACGUAUGUCUAUCUCUGAUGAUGAUCUAGCUUUGUUGGCCCGUUGUUUCCCUAGUUUCAAAGAGCUUGUUCUUGUUUGUUGCGAAGGUUUUGGGACUAGUGGACUUGCUAUUCUAGCCCGUGAUUGCAGGAAAAUUAGAGCGCUUGAUCUGAUUGAGUCUGACGUAUCGGACGAUGAAGUGGACUGGAUUUCGUACUUCCCUGAGAACGAGACGUGUUUGGAGUCUUUGGCCUUUGAUUGUGUUGAAUGUCCUAUUGACUUUGAGGCAUUGGAGAAGCUAGUAAUCAGGUCACCUAGUUUGAAGAGACUAAGGUUGAAUCGGUUUGUUUCUAUUACGCAGCUGUACCGAUUGAUGAUUCGAGCUCCGCAGCUGACCAGUCUGGGAACAGGCUCAUUUGGCAACCCUACGCUGACUGAUGAACAAGAUCCUGAUUAUGCUUCAGCAUUUGCUGCCUGCAAGUCCAUUGUCUGUCUCUCUGGUUUCAGGGAAAUUGCUCCAGAGUAUCUGCCUGCUAUCUAUUCAGUUUGUUGCAAUCUGACCUCUCUUAAUUUCAGCUAUGGUGCCAACAUUAAUACUGAACAAUUCAAAUCUGUCAUCAGCCGCUGCCAUAAGCUCCAAGUAUUGUGGGUGUUUGAUUCUGUAUGCGAUGAAGGACUUGAGGCAGCUGCUGAAACAUGUAAGGAUCUGCGGGAGAUUCGGGUUUUCCCUAUCGAAGCUCGGGAAGAUGCAGAAGCCCCAGUUUCUGAUGUAGGUCUCCUUGCAAUUUCCGAGGGUUGCAGGAAACUCAAGUCUAUCUUAUAUUUUUGCCAACGAAUGACAAAUGCAGCUGUUAUAGCUAUGUCAAAGAACUGCCCAGACCUUGUGGUAUUCCGACUAUGCAUUAUGGGUCGACACUUGCCUGACCAUGUUACUGGUGAACCAAUGGAUGAAGGCUUCGGGGCUAUUGUCAAGAACUGUAAGAAGCUUACUAGACUCGCUGUAUCUGGUUUACUGACGGAUAAGGCUUUCAGUUACAUUGGACAAUACGGGAAACUAGUCCGAACCUUAUCAGUUGCUUUUGCUGGAGACAGUGACAUGGCUCUGAAGUAUGUGCUCGAGGGCUGCCCUAAGUUGCAGAAAUUAGAGAUCAGAGAUUGCCCAUUUGGAGAUUUGUCUUUGCGUUCUGGUUUACACCACUAUUACAACAUGAGGUUCCUUUGGCUGUCAUCUUGUAGAGUAACUCUACAAGGUUGUCAGGAGAUUGCUUGCCAAUUGCCCCGUCUAGUAGUGGAAGUGAUUAGUGGUGAAGAUGAGGAAAGGAGUGUUUCUCCCGAGCAUGUUAAUACAUUGUACAUGUACCGGUCUCUUGAUGGACCGAGAGCUGAUGCACCAUCAUUUGUGCAAAUACUGUGACCGACCUUUUUAGAAGAUAGGAAUUUUCUGCAGUAAUUGAUUGGGGGAUCUUUGAGAAAUGAUUAACUAUUUUCUUGGGAAGAGAUGAUCUUUGAGAAAUGAUUAACUAUUUUCUUGGGAAGAGAUGCUCUACAGAAAUCUGUUGCGACCUAUAUGAAGGUACAAGUUUACUUCUUGGGAAAACAAAUGGUGCACCGCUUGCAAAGGCAGUGAGCAAUCUAUUCUGUAUUCAAUGCUGGCCUCCAUGGAUGUCAUUGUAUAUGGUUCAGUACAGAGAUUGUUUUUUCCAGCAAAGCAAUCGAGAAGACAAAUGUUGUAUCAGUAAUCUUUUCUUUUCACUUUCAUUUUCUUCAUAUUCAUGGAGCCUUCAAUUAGCAAAUGGAGUGGUUGCUAAGGCCACAGUUAGGGUGGACGUUCCAAAUUGCACGGUGGCGGAUCAAAUUGCUGCUCAAUGAGAUUUCUAAAAGUCUUUCGGGAGAAUUGGUCUAUUCAGAAUCAACACACAUGGAAUACACCUGCAUGCUCGGUCAGGGUACUGGAUCGUCAAGUAGUAUCUUUUCAUACAAUUGAAGCCCUUAUUUUUUGUUUCAUUGUUAGUUUAGAGUUGAAGCUUUUUUUAUUCUAGUUGGUGAUAGCCUAAUGCUCAGAAGGAUACCGCAGUUGGAUCUCUCCAUCUCGCUCUCUAGAAAUAUUUGUUCUUUCCAGGAUGUGUUGUUUCCCUAGCACCUGACUGUUGAAUUUAUUAUUGUUAUUGUUAGAAGAAAUGUGAGAUGGGUAAUAAAUGCCAAAUAUGCAUGGACCA